CGAGGCAGUGCCGACGAUGCUGCUGCAUCGUCUACUCGUAUCAUCAUCCGACGUGUAUUCAAAUCUUUAAAUCCUUCAAAUCGUUUUUCUUUCUUUUUUUUUUUCUUUUUUUUCUUUUCAUUUCUCUUUAUCUAUCAUAUUUUUAUUAGAAUCGAAGAAUAAUCGAAAAUAAAAGUUAUCGAGAAAGGAGGACGCGUUCGCGAGUGGUUUAAAAAAUCGAUUAAAUUGUGAGCCAAAGAUCAUCAUCGUUCAGUGAAGAAAGUUAAAGAGAGAGAGAGAGAAAGAAGGAAAUAAAAAAAAAAAAAAAAAUACGAACACAUUUUUUUCAGAGAUUUAACAAAGUGAACAAUGUAUACGAGUUGGUUACUAUGAAACUAAUCUUCUUUUAUCAGGGAAAAAUUUCACGGCUGAAUCACGUCGUACGUUAGCCAUAUCUUGACGGAGUGAGCUCAUCUCGUCGCAAAGGAUGGAAGGAAUAAUUCAAUCUUUCCGAAGCAGAACGAGAGAAAGUUUCGAAAAGCGCAUUCUUCGUGAUUUUCGCGGCUGGCUAUUGGUGGGACCGACAACGACGAAGAGGACGAAUAGUUGGAUGAGAAAGAGCGAAUAUACCAGAGAAGAAAUAUCGUCAGACUGGCCGAGCCUGAAAGAGAACGCCUGACGCAAGAGUCUCGCGAUGAUAUCUUACGUUACCGUAAGUUUUCCUCGUUCUAAUUGGAUUUUGACGAUCGACCGAAGAGGAAUCGAAGUGGGAACUCCUUAAACUUAAUCGGUCCAUGGAUCUCUCUUUGAAGAAUCAGAAACCGAGGGAUGCUAAGAGCAGUGGAAAAAUCGGAAAGAAUGAGAUUUUCCAAGAAAUAUGACCGACAGAAUAACGUAGUAUUGCUCGUGGCGGCUCUUUGACGUACGCCACGAAACGCUAAGGACUGAUAAAGAUUCAAAAAGACAAAUAAAAAGAUAAAGAAAAAUUUGAUCUUCGAGAUAGGAGAAAACUCUUUUCGUAACGUUACUCGGUUCUUUAUGGAUCCGUCUCGGUUCGGACACACGAUGUAAAGAAAGCAGCUAGAAAAGUGAAGGAAGAGAAGGGUGAGAGAGAGAGAGAGAGAGAGAAAAAGAGAGAGAGAGAGAGAGAGAGGAAGGAAGGAAGGAAGGGAGGGGCACAAAAUGGGAGCAGCGAAAUUCGUGCUCGGUAGUGCGAUUCUCGGACUCUUUUGGAGCUGUUUGCUGAUGAAAGGUGUCCUGACGAAUUCGACGAACAGGUGCGACUAUUCGCCCUGCUCCUGCGAUCACUACGGCAGGUUGACCUGCGACUGCAAAGAGGAAGGAGAGGAAUUGAUACUGAGCACGGAAAGCGACAGGAAGUUGAGUCCGCACACAAGCCGGAUAGUCGUGAGCAAUUGCUCGUCCGUGAUCGUAGCGAACUCAAGUUUGACAUCGAUGGCUGGUCUACGAUCUGUGGAUCUGGUGAACGUGGCAAAUCUCAGCCUAGUCCGGCAUAGCUUCAAACUUUCGCUUAGCAGCGCGCGCACAAGGAUAUCCGUAAGGAACUGCAGCAUCGACGUGCUUCCUAGUUUCGUGUUUGGUGGCGACGUGGAAGCGAUAAGCUUCGAGAACGUGAGGAUAGGUCAGUUGAGCGCAUUCGCCUUCGCGAAUCUCUUUCACACGGAUACCCUCAGGCUGGAGAAUUGUCAGAUCGAAAGUACGGAGGCGCAAUCCUUCAAGAAGUUCGACGUGGGAUAUUUGCACGUGAUCGGUGGUAGUUUCGGAGAGCAAGUACCAAGUCGUACUAUGAACGACAUUGAGGUACACCACAAGUUCAUGCUUGACGGUGUCAAAAUGGGUAUGGUAAGGAGCGAGGCAUUCAUAGUUCGAAGUCCACGUACCGUUGCGAUUCAAAACUGUUUGAUCAAUGGUCUCGAGAGCGAAGCCUUUGAUGUAACGGCCCGAGGAGCCGUAAUAAUAAAGAAUAACACCUUCGGUAGUCUAGCCGUUGGCGCGUUUCUCGGUAUACGAGCGGAUCCAGAAACGAGGCCACCACCGGCUUCCUCCUCUUCUGCGAAUCUACACGACCUCAUAUUUAAGAACAAUAGCAUGUCUACGUUCGAGGAAGGCUCACUAAUGUUCGAUCGUUCGAGUUUUCGUCCAGAACUCGACGAUCUCUUGGUAAAACAGCCCUGCGAUUGUAAGAUGUUACCAUUGUGGAGGAAUAACGUUCUAAAUUACACAAACAUAUAUUCGAGAUUCUACAUGCGACAAAACGCGGUGAUGCCACCGAUUUUACCAUCCCAAGAUUCGAUCGAAACUCCAGAAACUUUUCUCUUCUGCGUGGACGGCCACACAGAGGACGCGACUACAGCGAGCUUUAGCGAUUACGAGGCACGACAUUGCUCUCUCGGCGGAUCAAUGCUCGUACUUAUACUCGUCAUAGUCGGAAUUCUCGUUACCCUUCUCAUCCUUGCGUGUCUGAUCGUCUGGUGUUGCAAAAGACGACGUAGGAAUGAUAGAAAACGAUGGAUGAGCGUGCCAACUAACGCACCGGAUGUCGUCUCGAAGAAGAACGGUGUAAUCGGUAGAGAAACGGCCACCUCGGGUACACCGGUAGACAGCAGAAUAACUAUGGUCGUGCCUGAUGGCAGACUUUACAGGGAAACUGAGUUUCACGUAAUCGUCGAAAAGGCCGAACCCUUGACCACGGAAUUGUAACGAGAAGCCUCGUACGACUCGACGCGUUCCACGAACGAUCGAAUUCAUCAUUUCGAGGAUCAUCAAAGUAAAAUGGAACCGUCGGGCUCGUCUUCUACCCCCACCACCACCACCACCACCAACACUUCAUGUCGUUUUCGAGUGUACAAGCUUUGAUACAACGUAUCGUAGAAGAAAAUAAAGAAGUAAAUAACAACGAUAAAGAAGAGACGAACGUUGUUAAGCAUGUGUUUGUGCGCGUACUUUUCUUCCUUCUCAUUUAAAUGAUUUAGGAAAGAAACAAAGGAAAAAACAAAAAAAACAAAAAAAAAGAAGAACACGGAACGUUUUCGAUAAACGCUAUUGUACCUCUUUGCGGGUUCCUCAAACUUUUUUCACGUUUAUGUACGUGUAUUAUUACGCGAUAAACAAAAAGAUAUCUAUAUGUAUAAGUCGAUAAUGAGAUAAGCGUUCUGCGAUGAAAAAAAAAACAAACUAUAAUGUCCUUGACGUAAUCCUACGUCCUGGAAUAACGAUCAAUGUCAAAACUCCAUUCACUCUCGAAUUCAUUUAGUCGAGCAUUCUCUAUUAGUACAAGACAAGUUCGUAAGCUUCCGAUUAACAUAUCACCAAAAGCACGAGUACCGAUUAUCCGAGCGUGUCCUUCUCAUUCCUUCGAUCUCCUCCCUCUUAUUGUUUUCUCUCUUUCUUUCUUACUUAUUUACUUACUAUGAGGCGGUCACGUUCCUCUCGGCGAUAAAGAGAUUUCCGAUCGAGGUCACGAGGACGGUUAAUCGGUCGUCGUUGCUAGUUAAGUUUAUAUCGUUAGGUAGCUUUCGAGAGACGGUUGGUUAUCUACGAAGAAGACGACGAACCACAUUCAAGUUGUACGAGAAAACAGUGAGAUGUGUUUCUUCAUUUGAUAUUCCAUUCGUAACUUUCAAAGGCACGAAUUCGUCCCGAUUGAACGAAGGAACGAAUAAAAGAUGGAACGAAGGAACGAAUAAAAGAUGGAACGAAGGAAGGACCACCGCUAAAAUCUUUCACUAACUUUAUCUCUCGUAAUUUUUCAUUCGAUUUUUAAUUCUAAAGAUACCCCAGUCAGAAUUAUUAAAUGUACGAUUCACGAAAAGAUCCACGAACCAUUUCACAUACAAACACUGCCUACACAUGUAUUCUCCAUGGAAACAGAUUAACGUAGCAAAAACUCGAAAAAUAAAUUCACCUAAAAUCGUUCCUCUUCCAAGAUUCAAUAACGUUAUAAACGCCGAAAUAAAAUCUCAUUUGUUUUCAUUGAAUAAUUAAAUAAGCAAGCCAUAUUAAAGUCGCUUAAAUAUUCUCGAGACCAAAGACUCGAGAGAAGAUAAUAAAGAAGAUAGGGAAGAUAGGAAGCACUAUUUUCGAGGAAUUAAUUCGUAAAAAUGACACUCGAAGAUGCGAAUUCGUAUUAAAAGAAGAUCCUAAUAAGAUCAACCGGUAAAAAGAAAAAAGAUGUUGAUUCUUUUAGGCUUGUAAAAGCUAUCAUCUGAUACUUGGGCAGGAAUCCAUGCAUUAUUAAUGCGCACUCGUCCCUUUGUAACGAUAUUCCAGAGGUAGUUUCUCUUAGCCUGAAGCGAUAUCACGCGCAGAAAUUGGGCCUCGAAGCUUCCGAGAUUAUUGUGUGCGACGACCUUCGUCGAGUCGUUACCUUGAGCCUUGAGGAAAUCUCAAGAUAGAUAUACUAUUAACGUCAGUUGCGAGCAUGAACAAUGCUCCAACUUGGAGUACAUGUGCGCGCAUGUUAGAACCUAUGCGAGUAUACGUCUAGCGAUUAUCGCUUUUUGGCGAGAAUUAAGUUUUCUAAUGACCGUUUAGUUGUAAUUAUCGUGAAACUGUGAUAUACCGACAGCUGACUAUGUAAUUUGUUUUACAUCGAACGACGUAUGAUCGACGAUGAAGAAUAAAGAUCACGCUAAAUACAUAA